AUGGCCGGGGACAAACAAGAUGCCAGGGGCGCGUCGGAACAGGUCAGAAACGUCCAGAAAUAUCAAGCUGCAGCAGCCACCCAAGACGACGUGACCGCUCCGUCCUCGUUGUCGCCCACCUCCUCCACCGCCGAUUCCAAGAUGCCCGGGCGUGUCGAAUGCGGUUCGCCCAAAUGGGACAUCAAAACCGAAGAACGUCAUGACCAGCCUCGCUCUACAGACCCAGCCUUGGAUGAGCCCUCAGAGACUCGGAAGGAAUCUCCCCCAGAAGCCGAACCCUCACCCUGCCAAGAGUCACGAUCCUUGACAUGCGGUCAUUUGUGUGUUGGUGACGAGGAUGCUGACGACUCGAUCACCAUUCCUCCUUGUAUAGGCGAUGCUGAAGUUGACGCACUCGUCACUGCCAUGCCCCAUCCGCCAGUGACAAAAGAAACCUUGGAAGAGCUCGAGCUGGUCUACAUACAGUCCAAUCCCAACCUGCGCAUCGAUAUCAACUAUGACCAUGACCUCCAUUUCACUCCCAUCUCCGGGGAGAAGGGAGAGCUCAAGAAGCAGCAAGCGAGAAAGUAUUGGGACAGUAUGCUGGCUGAACUGAAGAUAGUCUCUCAACACGGGCCCUCGGUCUCAUGUACCGACUGUGAUAAGAAGCGCUCUUCAAGCUCCGAUAAGCGAGUAUUCAAGCGAAGGUUGCCUGUCUUGUUUCGGAAGCUGAAAGAAUUACUCGUCAUCCUGAUCCCGGAGAAGGACCAAUACCAGAUCAGUCAGUAUCUUGACGUGCCUCUGCUCCUGCAGGAGGUGUCUCAUGGCCUCUUAGACAUUGUCCGCUUGGCUCGAUGGCUCGAUGGUCUCCUCACGAGUCACUGCGCGCCGGUGAGAGAUGUGUGUGCACAUGAGAUGGCUGAACAAAUAGGACAAGGUGCAGAGAACGGGGACUUGCACACUCUCGUUACUGGUAUUGAAAAGCUGUUUCAAUUUCUGGAGGCAAUGAAGUUGGAUGUGGCUAAUCAUCAGAUCCGAAGCUUUCGUUACCUCUUGAUCGAUGAUACCGUCUCGUUCCAGCAAGAUUAUUUCAGGUCCCGUAUGAGACAUGGUGAGUUCAAGGGCGAACAAUCACGAGCAUGGUACUGUGAUGCCCUCGAACAGCACCGACAAUGUCGUCUUGAAGGUGAAACUGCCCGAACACUUCCCACGGCUGCGCUCGUGCAUGGGAUCCUCGAACUCUGCCUUUGCCACGAUCCGGAGGUUCCAGCAACCCUUGCAUACGAUCACAAGCGCCUGAAGGAGAUUCGGAUGGACGUCCAGGAUAUGAUUCACCUUGAUAUUUCUUUGUCAGUCUUCGACCGUUUGCUCCGGGAGCUGCUGGGCCACGGCCCAACCUCUUCGCGGCAAGGUAUCUCGGAGACACGUGUAAAGGACAUGCACAUGCUCUUGCAGAACAGAAUCAUGGAUCUCACCGACGGCGACCUUGAAGGAACUCCCAUGCAAGACAUUUGGUUGCGACACGCCAACACAGUUGCUCUUGAGCUGACACGCGCUGCUUUCCUGAUCUGGCCGGGUUCUACCUUUCCCAUACCCGACUCGAUAGUCGACAAGACGACGGUAAGGUUGGUCGCUCAGUUUGAGGCCGAACAUCAAAGCCAGCAUCAUGCAAGGGCAAUACUACAUAAACUCGAACGAGCAACAAACGACCACACGGGCAAUUUUCAGAACAUGACGGUAUUGGCCAUCUCCCAAGCACAGAAGCAAUGGCAACAAGCUCGGGCUGCGAGGCAAAAAUGGCGCUCUCUCCCCGAAAUCGAAGAUAUCGCAAGAAGAGUAGCACAUAUUGCGGCGGUGCAUUGGCGAGUUUGGGCGGAUCUUGUUUAUUUGGAGUCUUCAGAGGGAUACGAAGAUGAUUUCAUUGAUGAGACUGAUAGCAUUUCUGGCGAAGAGGAUCAGCAUCAUAUUGCGGGUAGUCCGAAGGACUAUGUACAACACCACACCGAAGGAGAGGAAGAAGAAGAGGGACAAGACGAUACCCAUUUCCAUUCGACGUGA